CAAUAUAUGGCUCCAAAAGAAGAUAUAAAACAUAAAGAGGGAAUGGGAGAGGAGCCGGUGGACUGUCAAGGCAGACAAGGAAAUGAAUAAGGGGAGCAAAUGAGCAUGGGUCUGCCAAGCAAUGGCAUCCCAAGGACAAUGGAGUAAAUGUGCACAGACUAAUUAAUAUGGAAGAGAUCCAAAGUUAUUUGAAAAUUUUAAAUUAAGAAAUAUACGACAGAAAUUGUCAUUAUAUUAAUGGCUCACACGUCCCACGAGCAGAAAGGAAAACCAUGGUGGGUGAAUAUUCUAUUAGGAAUCAAUGUAUGUAUAAAAUGGGCUGCAACUCCUCCUUUUAAAGAAGAAGAAGAAGCACAUAUAUAGAAAAAGAUAUGGCGCUUUGUUACAGUUUGGAUCAUGUGAGAGAUGAAACUAAUGAAGAGCAGCAGCAGUAUAGCUACGCGGUGGAGCUGGCUCUCUCGCCGGUGUUGCCGUUCGUGCUGAAAGCGGUGGUGGAGUUACAAGUGCUCGACAUAAUAGCCAAAGCAGGUCCUGGAGCCCAGCUCUCCCCGUCUCAGAUCGCGUCUCAGCUGCCCCCAGCUGGCCCGACUGCCCUCGUAGGCAACCCCGACGCACCUGAAAUGCUGGACCGGAUGCUUCGCCUCCUGGCCAGCCAUUCCAUCCUCACUUGCUCUGUCGUGGAUCAUGACUCCCCUGCUCCUGCACUGGAUGGGAGGUUGUACGGGCUUGCGCCCGUGGCGAAAUACUUUGUGCCCAACCAAGACGGAGCCUCGUUAGCACCCCUUUUGGUUCUGGCCCUGGAAAAGGCCUUUGUUGGCAGCUGGUACCAACUAAAAGGGGCAGUUCAGGAAGGAGGGAUCCCAUUUCACAAGGUUCAUGGGAUUCCUGCAUUUGAGUACUCGAGGAACGAUCCCAGGUUCAGUGAGGUAUUCAACAAGGCCAUGAUCGACCACAGCGCAAUCGUUAACAAGAAAAUCCUGGAGUCUUCCUACAAGGGUUUCGAGCAAGUCCAGAAGCUGGUCGAUGUCGGCGGCGGUCUUGGUGCUACCCUCAAGUUAAUCACCUCCAAAUACCCACAUAUCACGGCUGUUAAUUUUGAUCUUCCACAUGUUAUUCAACAUGCCCCGCCCUACCCACGUGUGGAACAUGUUGGAGGCGAUAUGUUUGGAAUCAUUCCAAAAGGAGAUGCCAUACUCAUGAAGUGGAUACUUCAUAACUGGAGUGACGAUCAUUGCCUGAAGCUGCUAAAGAAUUGCUAUAAAGCUUUCCCGGAAAAUGGAAAGGUAAUUGUGGUGGACGGAAUUCUUCCGGUAAUGCCAGAUACUAGCGCUGCUACAAAAGGCAUUUUCCAAAUGGAUUUGCAGAUGAUGGCUCAGCUGGUUGGAGGGAAGGAGCGCACCCAACCGGAGCUUUUGGCCCUGGCCACCGGAGCUGGAUUUUCUGGCAUCAGAUUGGAAUGCUUGAUCUGUGACUUGUGGAUCAUGGAAUUUUACAAAUAAUGUUAGCGUUUGGACCUGAGUUAAACUUGCAUUAAUUCCAGCUACAACAAUAAAAUUAUAAAGAGCAAUAUCUAGGCCCGGCCCUAAGUUUUUGGAGGCCCAAAGCGAGAUUUGAAAAUGGGGCCUCUUAUAUCUGUCUAUGUAUUUGUUUUUCGACAUAAGAUGCAAGAUCUCACUGUGGUUCAGUGGCACAAUGAUUGAAAUA